AGUCGCCGCCGAGGCCGCGGAACCGAGAAAGUGCGCGAAGGGGACGCGCUGCGAGCGCACACGUGACGGCGCGGCGCCGAGCCGAGCGGGACCCGGCGGCAGCGGCGGCGGCGGGCGCAGCGGGGCGGCCCGGAGCGGCGCGGGCGGCCUGGAGCCCCGGGAGCGGCGCGCGCGGCCCCGGCCCAGCCGCUGUCCCGGCCUCGCGCUGCACAUUCUCUCCUGGCGGCGGCGCCACCUGCAGUAGCGUUCGCCCGAACAUGGCGACACGGAGCAGCAGGAGGGAGUCGCGACUCCCCUUCCUAUUCACCCUGGUCGCGUUGCUGCCGCCCGGGGCUCUCUGCGAGGUCUGGACGCAGAGACUGCACGGCGGCCGCGCGCCCUUGCCCCAGGACCGGGGUUUCCGCGUGGUGCAGGGCGACCCGCGCGAGCUGCGGCUGUGGGCGCGCGGAGAUGCCAGGGGGGCGAGCCCCGCGGACCAGAAGCCGCUCCGGACGCGACGGAGCGCUGCCCUGCAGCCCGAGCCCAUCAAGGUGUAUGGACAGGUCAGUCUGAACGACUCCCACAAUCAGAUGGUGGUGCACUGGGCUGGAGAGAAAAGCAACGUGAUUGUGGCCUUAGCCCGGGACAGCCUGGCCUUGGCGAGACCCAAGAGCAGUGACGUGUACGUGUCUUAUGACUAUGGAAAAUCAUUCAAUAGGAUUUCAGAGAAACUCAACUUUGGUGUGGGAAAUAGCAGUGGAGCUGUGAUCGCCCAGUUCUACCACAGUCCUGCAGACAACAAGCGGUACAUCUUUGCGGAUGCUUAUGCCCAGUACCUCUGGAUCACAUUUGACUUCUGUAACACUAUCCAUGGCUUUUCUAUCCCAUUCCGGGCAGCAGAUCUCCUCCUGCACAGUAAGGCCUCCAACCUCCUCCUGGGCUUCGACAGGUCUCACCCCAACAAGCAGCUGUGGAAGUCUGAUGAUUUUGGCCAGACCUGGAUCAUGAUUCAGGAACACGUCAAGUCCUUCUCUUGGGGAAUCGACCCCUAUGACAAGCCAAACACCAUCUAUGUGGAACGACAUGAACCCUCUGGUUACUCCACAGUUUUUCGAAGUACAGAUUUCUUUCAGUCCCGGGAAAACCAGGAAGUGAUCCUUGAGGAAGUGAGAGACUUUCAGCUUCGGGACAAGUACAUGUUUGCUACCAAGGUGGUGCGUCUCCUGGGCAGUCAACAGCAGUCUUCUGUCCAGCUCUGGGUCUCCUUUGGCCGGAAGCCCAUGCGAGCAGCCCAGUUUGUCACAAGACACCCUAUUAAUGAAUAUUACAUCGCGGAUGCCUCGGAGGACCAGGUGUUUGUGUGUGUCAGUCAUAGUAACAACCGCACUAAUUUAUACAUCUCAGAGGCAGAGGGGCUGAAAUUCUCCCUGUCCUUGGAGAAUGUGCUGUAUUAUAGCCCAGGAGGGGCCGGCAGUGACACCUUGGUGAGGUAUUUUGCAAAUGAGCCAUUUGCUGACUUCCAUCGAGUGGAAGGGUUACAAGGAGUGUACAUUGCUACUCUGAUUAAUGGUUCUAUGAAUGAAGAGAACAUGAGAUCAGUCAUCACCUUUGACAAAGGGGGAACCUGGGAAUUUCUUCAGGCUCCAGCCUUCACAGGAUAUGGAGAGAAAAUCAAUUGUGAGCUUUCUCAGGGCUGUUCCCUCCACUUGGCCCAACGCCUCAGUCAGCUGCUCAGCCUCCAACUCCGGAGAAUGCCCAUCUUGUCCAAGGAGUCAGCCCCCGGCCUCAUCAUUGCCACCGGCUCCGUGGGAAAGAACUUGGCUAGCAAGACCAACGUGUACAUCUCUAGCAGUGCUGGAGCCAGGUGGCGAGAGGCGCUUCCUGGACCUCACUACUAUACUUGGGGAGACCACGGCGGCAUCAUCAUGGCCAUAGCCCAGGGCAUGGAAACCAACGAGCUGAAAUACAGUACAAAUGAAGGUGAGACCUGGAAGACAUUCAUCUUCUCCGAGAAGCCUGUGUUUGUGUAUGGGCUCCUCACAGAACCUGGGGAGAAGAGCACUGUUUUCACCAUCUUCGGCUCCAACAAGGAGAAUGUCCACAGCUGGCUCAUCCUCCAGGUCAAUGCCACCGAUGCCUUGGGCGUUCCCUGCACAGAGAAUGACUACAAACUGUGGUCACCGUCCGAUGAGCGGGGGAAUGAGUGUUUGCUGGGGCACAAGACUGUUUUCAAACGGAGGACCCCCCAUGCAACAUGCUUCAACGGAGAAGACUUUGACAGACCAGUGGUCGUGUCCAACUGCUCCUGCACCCGGGAGGACUAUGAAUGUGACUUUGGCUUCAAGAUGAGUGAAGAUUUGUCCCUAGAGGUGUGUGUUCCAGACCCAGAAUUCUCCGGAAAGUCAUACGCCCCACCUGUGCCUUGUCUUGUGGGUUCUACUUAUAGGAGAACAAGAGGCUACCGGAAGAUUUCGGGGGACACCUGCAGUGGAGGAGAUGUUGAAGCACGACUAGAAGGAGAACUGGUUCCUUGUCCCCUGGCAGAGGAGAAUGAGUUCAUCCUGUACGCCAUGCGGAAGUCCAUCCACCGCUACGACCUCGCUUCUGGAACCACAGAGCAGUUGCCUCUCAGUGGACUGCGGGCAGCUGUGGCCCUGGACUUUGACUAUGAGCGUAACUGCUUAUAUUGGUCUGACCUGGCCUUGGACAUCAUCCAGCGCCUCUGUUUGAAUGGGAGUACAGGACAAGAAGUGAUCAUCAAUUCUGGCCUGGAGACAGUGGAAGCUUUGGCCUUUGAACCCCUUAGCCAGUUACUUUACUGGGUGGAUGCUGGCUUCAAGAAGAUUGAGGUAGCUAAUUCAGAUGGUGACUUCCGACUUACGAUUGUCAAUUCUUCUGUACUGGAUCGACCCAGGGCUCUGGUCCUAGUGCCUCAAGAGGGGGUGAUGUUCUGGACCGACUGGGGGGACCUGAAGCCUGGGAUUUAUCGGAGCAACAUGGACGGCUCUGCUGCUCAUCGUCUUGUUUCAGAGGACGUGAAGUGGCCCAAUGGCAUCUCUGUGGAUGACCAGUGGAUCUACUGGACGGAUGCCUACCUGGACUGCAUUGAACGGAUCACUUUCAGUGGCCAGCAACGCUCAGUCAUUCUGGAUAACCUCCCGCACCCCUAUGCCAUUGCUGUCUUCAAGAAUGAAAUCUACUGGGACGACUGGUCACAGCUCAGCAUAUUCCGAGCUUCCAAAUACAGUGGGUCUCAAAUGGAGAUUCUGGCAAGCCAGCUCACAGGACUGAUGGACUUGAAGAUUUUCUAUAAAGGGAAGAACACUGGAAGCAAUGCCUGUGUGUCCAGGCCAUGCAGCCUGCUGUGCCUGCCCAAGGCCAACAACAGCAGAAGCUGCAGGUGUCCAGAGGGAGUGGCCAGCAGUAUCCUCCCUUCUGGGGAUCUGAUGUGUGACUGCCCUCGGGGCUAUCAGCUAAGGAACAACACCUGUGUCAAGGAAGAGAACACCUGUCUUCGCAACCAGUAUCGCUGCAGCAACGGGAACUGUAUCAACAGCAUCUGGUGGUGUGAUUUUGACAAUGACUGUGGAGACAUGAGCGAUGAGAGAAAUUGCCCUACCACCAUCUGUGAUCUGGACACCCAGUUCCGCUGCCAGGAGUCUGGGACAUGUAUCCCACUGUCCUAUAAAUGUGACCUUGAGGAUGACUGUGGAGACAACAGUGAUGAAAGUCACUGUGAAAUGCACCAGUGCCGGAGUGACGAGUACAACUGCAGCUCUGGUAUGUGUAUCCGCUCCUCCUGGGUGUGUGACGGGGACAAUGACUGCAGGGACUGGUCUGACGAAGCCAACUGCACCGCCAUCUAUCACACCUGUGAGGCCUCCAACUUCCAAUGCCGCAACGGGCACUGCAUCCCCCAGCGGUGGGCGUGUGACGGUGACACAGACUGCCAAGAUGGUUCUGACGAGGAUCCGGUUAACUGUGAGAAGAAGUGCAAUGGAUUCCGCUGCCCAAAUGGCACUUGCAUCCCAUCUAGCAAACAUUGUGACGGACUGCGCGACUGCUCUGACGGAUCCGAUGAACAGCACUGUGAACCUCUCUGUACGCGCUUUAUGGACUUCGUGUGUAAGAACCGCCAGCAGUGCCUCUUCCACUCCAUGGUGUGUGAUGGGAUCAUCCAGUGCCGGGAUGGAUCAGACGAGGAUGCCACCUUUGCAGGAUGCUCCCAAGACCCCGAGUUCCACAAGGUCUGUGAUGAGUUCGGUUUCCAGUGUCAGAAUGGAGUGUGCAUCAGUUUGAUUUGGAAAUGCGACGGGAUGGACGACUGUGGUGACUACUCCGAUGAAGCCAACUGUGAAAACCCCACAGAAGCCCCAAACUGCUCUCGCUACUUCCAGUUCCGCUGUGAGAAUGGCCACUGCAUCCCAAACAGGUGGAAGUGUGACAGGGAGAACGACUGUGGAGAUUGGUCUGAUGAGAAGGAUUGUGGAGAUUCACAUGUUCUGCCCUCCCCCACUCCUGGGCCCUCCACGUGCCUGCCCAAUUACUUCCGCUGCAGCAAUGGGGCCUGUGUGAUGGACACCUGGGUGUGUGAUGGGUACCGGGAUUGUGCAGAUGGCUCUGACGAGGAAGCCUGCCCCUCACUUGCAAAUGUCACUGCUGUCUCCACUCCCACUCAGCUUGGGCGAUGUGACCGAUUUGAGUUUGAGUGCCGCCAACCAAAGAAGUGCAUCCCCAACUGGAAGCGCUGUGAUGGCCACCGGGAUUGCCAGGAUGGCCAGGAUGAGGACAACUGCCCCACACACAGCACCUUGACCUGUAUGAGCAGGGAGUUCAAGUGUGAGGACGGCGAGGCCUGCAUUGUACUCUCGGAGCGCUGCGAUGGCUUCCUGGACUGCUCGGAUGAGAGUGACGAGGCGGCCUGCAGUGAUGAGUUAACUGUAUACAAAGUACAGAAUCUUCAGUGGACAGCUGAUUUCUCUGGGGAUGUAACUUUGACCUGGAUGCGACCCAAAAAAAUGCCCUCUGCUUCUUGUGUAUAUAAUGUCUACUACAGGGUGGUUGGAGAGAGUAUAUGGAAGACUCUGGAGACUCACAGCAACAAAACAAACACUGUAUUAAAAGUCUUGAAACCAGACACCACGUAUCAAGUUAAAGUACAGGUUCAAUGCCUAAGCAAGGCACACAACACCAAUGACUUUGUGACCCUGCGGACUCCAGAAGGGUUGCCAGAUGCCCCUCGAAAUCUCCAGCUGUCACUCCACAGGGAAGCAGAAGGUGUGAUUGUUGGACACUGGACUCCUCCCAUCCACACCCACGGUCUCAUUCGAGAGUACAUUGUAGAAUAUAGCAGGAGCGGUUCCAAGAUGUGGGCCUCCCAGAGGGCUACUAGUAACUCUACAGAAAUAAAGAACUUACUGGUCAACGCUCUGUACACCGUCAGAGUGGCUGCGGUGACUAGUCGUGGAAUAGGAAACUGGAGCGAUUCUAAAUCCAUUACCACCAUAAAAGGAAAAGUGAUCCCACCGCCAGAUAUCCACAUUGACAGCUAUGGUGAAAAUUCGCUAAGCUUUACCCUGACCAUGGAUGGAGACAUCAAGGUGAAUGGCUAUGUGGUGAACCUUUUCUGGACAUUUGAUGCCCACAAACAAGAGAAGAGAACCUUGAACUUCCGAGGGAGCGCACUGUCUCACAAAGUUGGUAAUCUGACAGCUCAUACAUCCUAUGAGAUUUCUGCCUGGGCCAAGACUGACUUGGGAGAUAGUCCUCUAGCAUUUGAGCAUGUUGUGACCAGAGGGGUUCGCCCACCUGCUCCGAGCCUCAAAGCCAAGGCCAUCAACCAGACUGCAGUGGAAUGCUCUUGGACUGGCCCCAGGAAUGUGGUUUAUGGUAUCUUCUACGCUACAUCCUUUCUUGACCUCUAUCGAAACCCAAAGAGCUUGACUACUUCACUCCACAACAUGACAGUGAUUGUCAGUCAGGAUGAGCAGUAUUUGUUUCUGGUCCGGGUGUUGGUACCUUACCAAGGGCCGUCCUCUGACUACGUUGUAGUGAAGAUGAUCCCAGACAGCAGGCUUCCACCCCGUCACCUGCAUGCAGUUCAUACAGGCAAAACUUCCGCUGUCAUCAAGUGGGAAUCACCAUAUGACUCUCCUGACCAGGACUUGUUCUAUGCAAUUGCAGUUAAAGAUCUGAUAAGAAAGACUGACAGGAGCUACAAACUAAAAUCCCGCAACAGUACCAUGGAGUACACCCUUAAUAAGUUGGAACCUGGAGGGAAAUACCAUGUCAUUGUCCAACUGGGGAACAUGAGCAAAGAUUCCAGCAUAAAAAUUACCACAGUUUCAUUGUCAGCACCUGAUGCCUUAAAAAUCAUAACAGAAAAUGAUCACGUUCUUCUGUUUUGGAAAAGCCUAGCUUUAAAGGAAAAGCAUUUUAAUGAAAGCAGGGGCUACGAGAUACACAUGUUUGAUAGUGCCAUGAAUCUCACAGCUUACCUUGGGAAUACUACUGACAAUUUCUUUAAAAUUUCCAACCUGAAGAUGGGUCAUAAUUAUACUUUCACUGUCCAAGCACGAUGCCUUUUUGGCAGCCAGAUCUGUGGGGAGCCUGCUGUCCUGCUGUAUGAUGAGCUGGGGUCUGGUGGAGAUACAGCCGCCAUUCAGGCUGCCAGGUCUACUGAUGUUGCUGCCGUGGUGGUUCCCAUCUUGUUCCUGAUACUGCUGAGCCUGGGGGUCGGGUUUGCCGUCCUGUACACAAAACAUCGGAGGCUACAGAGCAGCUUCACUGCUUUUGCUAACAGCCACUACAGCUCAAGGCUAGGUUCAGCAAUCUUCUCCUCGGGGGAUGAUCUGGGAGAAGACGAUGAAGAUGCUCCUAUGAUUACAGGAUUUUCAGAUGACGUCCCCAUGGUGAUAGCCUGAAACUGCUUUCCUCACUAGGAACCAAAUGGUUCUACAGAGAAAGUGCUAAACAUGCUCACAGCGAUGGAGGCGACCUAACGCUUGACCACUCCAUCCAGUCCACGACAGCAGCUGCACUGGGCUUUGUUCAUUUAUUCUCUCUAGAAGAUAAGCUGUGCUUUCAUCCUUCUGCCAUUAAAAUGCCACCCCUGUCUUCAAAUCAUGGUCACUUGAAAGUUAUGUGGAUCCGUUGUGGACUGACAUCUGUCUUUAGACUUGGUGUUGUGGGCACCAAUGUCUAGCAUUACUGUGACUUGCACUGUAUGAACAACCUCGCUGCAGAAUUUCCUCCCAGCUGAGAAGCAGCAAGCUCUGGGAAUAUUCCAAAGUCAUGCCGAUGAGUAUGUGUCCUUCAUAUGCAAGCUUCGUGAAGCCCCAGCUCCCCUUGAAUGCAACGUGUCGUCUUCUCCCAGGUGUUUUGUUUUUCUUUUAACCAAAAGUAUCAUUCUUGGGUGGUAAUAAAGUUUCAUUCAAUCUCAGGAUUGUUUGGAAAACAAAGAGCCAAUUUUUUUAGUUUUAAAAAUUUGUUUAUAUCUUAGAUGGGGGAGUAUUUUGACCUGUAGACAUUUAGGGUAGGCCUCUAGUUCCUGUUACUGAAUGGCAGUAAUAAUGGGCCUUCCUCUGGCUUAUUUUCUUUCCUCACUCCCCCUUUUUGAUUUUUUUUCUUUCCAGACUGAAUUUUUUGGGCUUUGUCUUGUUUUGCUUUGGAGCUUUUAACCUCCGAGCCUACCACCUCUGCUUUAAUAAACUCUUUAAGAUUAACAAGUGUGGUGGGAGACAAGUCAUUUAAUUGAACCACUAGAAAGUCUAUUUUGUUCUUCUGCCAACUUUUUGGUGGCAUUUAUAGAAAGCUGAUGUAAAAGGCUCUGAGAUAUUAUUUUCAAUGACUCCACAAGCAAGCCUUUUUACAGAGCAUGUCUUCAGUUGGCAACUCGAGACAUUUCAAGCAUCCGGUUCUGGUCACCAGUGCCUCCCCAUGCCUAGUGCACAGUCCUGUACAGGCCGCCAUCACCCCUCUCCUUGGAAGACGCCACUGUGCUGUUUGAAAACAAGCAGCCUUUUAGGGCUAGAGUAUUUUAUAUAAACAGAAGAGCUAAGGUCCUGAAGACUAAGCUAGAUAGAUGCAGCUAAGUGUAAAUCAUAUAUUUUUAUGAACUUCUGAAGCACGCACUCCUGUUCCCCCCCACAUAGCUCUGUGGGGGUUUUGAUGUAUCUAUGCUGUCUGCAAGAUUCCAGAGGUUGGAGUGACCGUAGGAAAUGGGAACAACCUUUGAAAGUGAAGCUGGAUAACUUCACCUUUUGGAGAUAACUCUUCAUUGUGACCCCUUGGACCCCUGAUUACUUGCAAAAAGGGGCCUUUUGUACUGUGUUGGAGAUGCCCCAUUGAAAGUUCCCAGUGUUUGUGGAAAAAUUAUAUUCUAUCCCAGAAUAUCAGGAAUGUCAGUUGCUUGCAUCCCUGCAAACAGUGAUGGGCCACUAAAAUUUGAUGGGCAGGGUAAUUGAGCGUGAGCUUUCUCUGGAAGUUGAUUUUGCCCUUUUCUGUAUUGAACACACCUGGAGCUUUGUGAGACAUGGGUCCACGUGGAUGAAAGGAUGUUCCAGAGAGAGGCCAUGUCUGAGCAGGUGGGUUUCCAGAGGAGAAGUAACUACUGGGCACCCUGGUGAGCUAGAUAGGUAGUUGUGCUGCUGGGUAACAGGAACCUCUGACUUUUAGAAGAAUGGCUCCCAGGAUUUGGGCUGUGGUAGGGUCACUAGGGGUACUUAUUUGUGGGGUGAACUGUGGGUAGGAGACACACAGCUGCAUGAUUUCUUCUCACCAUCAUGUGUGGCUACAUACUCACCAGUUUAGGGAAUAUAACUCUUCUGAAAACACUGGGUAUUUGGAGGGAACUGGGGAGAGCAAUGGGAUGGUGAGCCCUUUAUAGAUACACUCCCACUUCUCCUUAGAGAAUCCUGCUUUCAGAUACCCACCCCAGAGGUCAUCGCAUCCAAUAAGAUUGUGUCUCCUGCACUUUCCUAAGAGCCAAAACCCCAUUCUGCCAGGUUUGGUCAUACCCUCUCCCACUAAAGGGGUCAAGGUGAAUUCCCUAGAAUUCUCUCUCUUUUCAGCAGAGACUAGGGGUGGGGGGGUUCCCAUCGAGACGAGAUCCAGAGAUAGAGCCAAGCAGAGUGCCACUCCCCAGAGUGAUUGUAGGAAUUGACUCUAAACCUCUGCAGAAUCUUCACUCAUGUUGAGAUUGUAUCUUGACAUUCCUAUUAUGUUAUUUUUCUUAACGGGAGUGUGUGCUGCCUUUCAGGUACAAUUUUUGUGUAAUAAAAGCCAGUGCAUUAAGUUUAUAUAGACUACUUUCUAUGCAAGACUGAGAUAUGGAAUAGAUAGCAAGAUGUGCAUACUGUUGGGUACAUGGACAGGAAGUAGGUUUUUGGAAGGAGUCACCACCACCGAGCAUGGGUUGAGGGAGGAUAGGUUGUGCAUAUGUUUCUGCCCACUAAUUUUGAGCAGCCAUAUUAUGAAUUAAAUCAUCAAAGCCAAGUAAUAACCCAAGAAUGGUAUUAGUUUCAUGUGUAAUAGCUCAAAUGGAGUAAGCAUGAAUGCUGAAGCGGAACAUUAUCCUCAGAUAUUCCAUGUCACUUCUCAUUUAAAGACUCUUGUAAAGAAUUAUUAGAAACUUUAGGCAAAGUCAAAAGUAUUUGCAGCAAAAUAAAGGCCUAUUCUGCUCUUAUUUAAAGUGAAGCACUGUAUACUUGUUCCUCUCCAAAGUGAAAUUAGGUAUUUAUAAUUUCAAUUGCCUUGGUAAGUUUCCAAGUCACUGAUUUCUGCUGAAGAUUUUACUAUAUUGUUGCACAAUUUUAAGAUAAUUUUUGUCUCAAUGUCAACUUUUUUCACUGAAUAAAAAUUUAACUGGGUCAAAAAACCACCUACUUGAAAAUCCACUCUCUAUGUGUGUCUGGAGUUGUUCUUUUGAGUGCAAUAAAGAUGACUAACGUGGUC